AUGCAGGCUGACAAAUGGGUUCGUCUGUGCCUUGUGAGCCUGUCGGCAGCAUUGCAAAGCACAAUUUCACUAACAAAAAGAUCAUGCUGUGUAUGGGAUGGGAUUGCUAUGGUAUUUAUCCAUAAAGAAUAUCUAGAAAAAGAGCUAAAUGCUUCCUUACUUUGGGAUGCUCUUGUGCAUUAUUUUGAUGGAACAUGUGUGCCAUUAUCCAAAAUGAUUCACACCAAGGAUGUAGAGGAAAUUUCAAAAGAAGGUUUGGAACUCUUGCAGCUGUUAAUAAGUUUCACUUCUCAGGACCCUGUGAUAUUAUCCCUCGCUCUUUCAUGCAUAUCUUCAUUAUUCUUCUUUGUAACCUUUUCAUCUGAAAUGCAGUUGCCUGUACUGAAAAAAAUUUUUUCAAACCUGACCUGUUUCUCUAUUCAAGAAGGAAAUACAUUUACUAAAGAAAUGACAAGUUUGAGAAGACAUGUAUCAGCAUUAUUAAUCAAACUUUGCUCAUGUUAUCCUAAAUUAUUGUUGCCUUCAUUUGACUAUAUGUGUCAGCAUGUCCAAAAACUUGCCCAGACUCCUGAGAUAUUGUCUCAGUUUGAUAAAUGUAAUUUGUUGGAAGCUUUGAUGCUUCUUAGCAAUGAACUUUGCAAUUAUGAAAAGCAGUUGGAAUUUUUAACUCAGAUGAUUUCACCAAUUAUAGCUGUAUGGUUAUCAGAUAAUAUGAAAAUGGCAAUUUCAACUCCAGAAAACUUUUUAAAUUUUGUUGGUUUAAAUGAAGAAGCAAAUAUUGAACAGUCAUUAAAUAAAAAUACAUAUGAACUAAUGCUUUGUAUACAUGUAAUUAGAGGCUGUGUGAAGAGAUGCAAGUGGCCUAGUGAUUCUGAUAUUGCAAAGAAGGGAAAUUUUGUCCAUCCAUUGAGUGAUUCUCUUAAGAAAAUAUUUUAUAGAAAUCCUGCUGCGCAGUGUAUAGUUCCUUCAUUACAUCAAAUAUUUCUAUUAGUUAGAACUUUAAAUGCCCUUCAUGAUCCAGCAAUCCAGGCAAAAAUUCAUCCAAGUUUCUUACGUGCCUUAGACAUCAGUGAAACAGAUAAGUACAAUAUUUUAGGAACUGCCUAUAUAGACAACUUGCAACGACCAAAAACCAUAAUUGAACGCAUGAAUACUUUCAUUCAUUCAGCUUAUGAUAGUUG